CCUAAACUCUCGGUAAACGACUUAGUAACGGCUUGCUCUUCACUAUUAUAUAGGUGUCCUUAGUAUUUUGCCAACCACCAUCUUGGGUACCAUAUCGAAGAUUUAACAAAAAUGAGUCGUAGAAGCCCUCGUACACUUUAUGUUACUGGCUUUCGAGAUGGACUUCGUGCUCGUGAACUUGCUUACGAGUUUGAGCCAUUUGGCCCAUUAGUUCGUUGCGAUAUUCCUAUUCCUCGAACUCGCUCUUCUAGACCUUUUGCAUUCGUAGAGUAUGAAGAUUCCCGAGACGCUGAAGAUGCUUAUUACGAAGUUCAUGGUCGUCGUCUCGAACGUGGUGGUGGAACUCUGCGCGUUGAAUGGGCCAAGCAACCUCCUCCCCCAUCCGGUGGACCCAUCCGCCGUACUACUCCCGGUAGAAGAGAUCGCGGUGGCCGUGUUCGUGGUCCUGAACGCGGUGAACGUGGACGUCUUGGUACCCGCUCUCCUUCCCCACGUGGUGACCGCUCUCCUUCUCCCAGACGUUCUAUGAGCCCUCGCUACCGUUCACGUAGUAGAAGCCCUGUUCGCCGUGAUCGCUCUCCUAGCUAUGAACGUGGUCGUGAGUCUCCAUAUUAUCGUUCAACCUCUCCCCGCCGUAGUCCCCACCCUGAUGAAGUUGAAUAUCGUCGUGCCGCUGCCUCUCCCCGUGACAACGCUCCUAAUGACCUUCAAAAUGCUCAGCCUUACGAUGAAGCUCCUGCUUCUGCUCAAGCUGUUCCUUCAGAGGAGCCUAAACAGGACACCGCUCCUUCUACUGACCAACAAUUCGUAGAGCAACCUGUUGAACAACAGCCUGAACAACACCAAGAACAGCAGCCAACUCAGCAAACAGAAAAACCAGCCGAGUCUGAAGCUCCUGCUGCCGAGCCCACUCCAGCGAAUGCUGAAUCAAGUGAAGCUGUCGAACCUGCUCAACCCACUGAACACACAGCCGAUAGCGAACGUCAAGAGUAAAUAUAAAAAAAAAUGGAGGUAAAAUUGUCGCUUCAUUCCUAUUCCUUUUUCAUUAGUCGUUUUCCGUUUUCCUUUUUCGUAAGCGCUUUAGGCGAAAAUCGACAUUUUCAAGUACCAUUACAUGUAGAUAAAACGAAAACGCCUGGCCGUGAAAUGCUCUUUCUGCUUACUUCGCUCGCAUUUCAAUGGUAAAAACAAGAUUUUAUGAACUCUAGAAAGGCAUUUGAAAUGACUAUGUCCCACAUUUACUUCCUGUUGUCUUUUUCAUCCUUUUGUAUGUAUUUUGAAGGAAUCGUAUGUGAGUUUUGGUAACAUCUUGUGUUCGGUGCCUGGAAGUUCAUUGUCAGGAACUAUAGGUUGAGCUGUUCUACUAAAUGGGCGAAAUUUGUUUUGACCCUUCAAUAUUUUUCCUUUGCUUUAUUGUUUUGUUACAGCUAGUAAAUUUUUGAUUCAUUGCUGUUUCGGUGUUGGCUCUCCUAUCUUUUAAAUUUUAAUAGAUUAUAAAGAAAUUGUUUUUUUUUAUUUACUUCUACUUUUUGCAU